AAGAGAGGAGCAAUUCUGAAAGUAAAUGCAACUCUGCGUGUUGUGUAGAGUUCAGCUGUAGAGUGUUGCUCCACAAGUCUCCACUUUCUUUUCGGUGUAAAAAACUAAGCUAGCAACAUCAUGGGUCGUAUGCACGCUCCUGGCAAGGGUAUUUCCCAAUCAGCUCUCCCCUACAGACGCACAGUGCCAUCCUGGCUGAAGCUUAACGCUGAGGAUGUGAAGGACCAGAUCAAGAAGCUGGGCAAGAAGGGCCUGACACCCUCCAAAAUUGGUAUCAUCCUGCGUGAUUCGCAUGGUGUGGCUCAGGUGCGUUUUGUCAAUGGCAACAAGAUUCUGCGCAUCAUGAAAUCGGUUGGCCUUAAGCCCGACAUCCCUGAGGAUCUUUACCACAUGAUCAAGAAGGCUGUCGCUAUCCGCAAGCAUUUGGAGCGCAACCGCAAGGAUAAGGAUGGCAAGUUCCGUCUGAUUCUGGUCGAGUCCCGCAUCCACCGUCUGGCUCGUUACUACAAAACCAAGAGCGUGCUUGCGCCCAACUGGAAGUACGAGUCGAGCACAGCUUCCGCUCUUGUUGCCUAAGUUUUCUUUACCAAUUAUAAACUAAUGUGUGAGUGCAUACAUUUUUAAUGUACACCAAGUAGACCACAAAAGCAGCAAAAUAAAACUAUAAUUUUGAGGAAAACACAAAA